AAAAAAAAUCACAAAACAUUACACCAGGGACACCAGUCAAAAUUCCGCUUCGUCUACGUACAUGUUUGGAUUUAGUUUUUAGCGAGCUAGCUUAAUGCCCGGUGAGCUAACGGCGGCUAAGUAGUUAGCUGACAGCCGCGGGUCAGUCCCAGGUGUAAAAAAGUCGAUUUCAUUUGAACUUUAAGUCGUUUUCUUGUCUUUUAGCGAGUGUUACAGAAAACUCAGUUGUGUUUUCUUGCAGUGUCUGUUGUUUUUAAACCGUGGGUGUGGAUUGACGAACCCUCACGCAAUGCUGAAAAUAUCAAUUCUGAAGGUUGAGAACCCGUCCUGCCUCUGGGGCCGGGUUGUUCGGGGUGUGGGCGGCGACACAGAGAUGACAGAACAGUACGACAGUCUGCUGGCUCAGAUGAACCUCUUCUACCGUGACGUCGCUCAGGACCUGCACAAGCUGAAGCCCACAUCAUUAGAGGAAGGACAGGUGUGUGUGGUGUACUGGUCAGUGAUGAGGUCGUGGUGUCGGGCAGUGGUGGAGUCGAUCAUCAUGGACUCGGUGUCCUGUAAAGCCCGCUGCCUCCUGGUCGACCACGGAGAACGGUUCGUCGUCGCCUCAGACCAGAUCCGAGUCGCUGUACAACACUUCCUCCAGCUGCCUUUUUGGAUGAGGAGGUUCCACCUGGCAGGAAUCAAACCAACAACCCUGCGAGUGUCUAUUUACAAGGAGAAGGCAGAGCUUAUUCCGUCCACUCAGUGGGACAGCUCAGCUACACUCUACCUGCACAACCUUCUACAAGCGUCGACGUGGACAGAGGCUGUGUUGCUUGAGUCUGAGUCAGACUCCACCUCCAUCGCCCUCUACCUGACUCUCGGGAACAUCAAGAUCUGUGUGAACGACGACCUUGUCGCCAAGAAGUUUGCGUAUUACAGCAGAGAGUCGACUGAAAGCAGCAGAUUGGACGAGGUGGACCAAUUUCCCGUCAUGUUGUCCUCCAGCAUCUUAACCCAAACCGUCUCCACGAUUUCAAACGAGCCGACAGCACAAACCCAACCACCUCCUGUGAUCUCACGAGGUCUGGUUGCAGGCGGAGCAGGUGAUUCGCUGAUGGCACCCUCUCUACCUCAGAGCCAACAACAUGAGCCGAAGACCUUUGAUGGAGACAGCAGGUCAAAAAUCACAGAAGAACAACCGUCUCCAGGCAGCCAAUCAAGGAAUGGCUCUGACCCUGCUGCUGCAGAGAGUGACUCCUCAGAUGACACAGACUCCUCUCUGGCCGCAGCUCUGACCAAAAACCUCAGUCUGUUCAAGUUCCUGAAGUUUCUGAAUCCUGGCAGCAGCUAUCAGCAGGUGGCUCGUAGUGUCAGUCAGCACGAAGAGCUGAAAGACUGUGAAUCUAAAGAGACGACUGAAGCCUCCAGCGACUGCACAGGACAGGAAGUAUCAACCAGUUUACACAACAGUGGGCCUGUAAAACCAGUGAACGAAGAGCUCCAUAUGAGUGGAAAAAGUGGAGAUUCAGGUCUUGACAGCAGUGAGGUGGAAUAUCUUGCAGUUGAAGACGAAAGCAGCUCCAGUAGAUCAGUAGAGUCAGGACCAGUAGAUGCAGAGAAGACAUGGAGGAGCGAAGAGGACUGGGCCUGUUCACGGCUUCUAGAGUGGUUGAACCCGGAGCCUCUGAACUCUGAUCCAGACGCUGUAGACGAUGAGGUUCCAAGUGAUCCCAGGAGGAGUGGGAUUCUGGUGCACUCUGCCCUCCCAGUUGAGCCCUGCACCAGCCUGGAUGAUGCCCCCAUCACUGAUGCUCUCCGCUGGGUGCUGCGGAGGAAGCAGUACAGCACUCUGUCUCCAGCUGACCGUUACAGCUGGCCAGCCGUGGCUCGAGGAUGCAACACAGUCAUCGUCUCCCACAACUCUGACCAGCCGCUCAGCUACCUCGCCCCACUCCUCACCCACAUCCAGCUCAACUCCAUCUUCAGCCCCCUCACCUCCAGCGCUGGGCCCAUAGCGGUGCUGCUGUGUCCUGGCUGGGAGAGGGUCCAGGCGGUGUAUGACCUGCUGGAGGAGAGCAAGAUCGCCCAAAACCUCCACCCGCUCAUCGUGCUGCUGGGUGUAGGGAAGGACGAGGCCAAGACUCUCAGGAUUCCAAAAAACUGCCUGCUGUUAGUGACCACUCCCUUCACUCUGGUCCGACUGCUGUCCUGUCACUGCUUCAUGUUCCUGCGUCUGUACCACCUGGUGCUGGACGGGGCUGACCAGCUAUUUACUCUUGCUCCAGACCAGAUGGCGACCAUCUUGCAGCAUUUUCAGAAGGUGACCUCCAGCGAGGAGAAGGCUUCCUGUCCCCAGCAACUUGUUGCUGUGGCGAAGCGAUGGACCAGUCACAUGGAGGCUUUGUUAACCAAUCACAUGCCCUACCCCUGCAUUGUCAUGACCAUCCCUGAAGAAGCUGCUCUUUAUGGUAACGUUCAGCAGGUCAUCCUGAUGACUUCAGAAAGCAGUAAGAUCUCAGAACUGUUGGGCGCGUUGGAUUUCAACCCAGACGUCGGCCAGAAGACUCUGAUUGUAGCCAACUCUGCUCAGGAAGUUGAAGACGUGUUCAAGGCCGUGAGCAACAAAUCAGCGUUCUGCCUCAAGAGCCACGAGGGGUUUACACACCAGUUUGACGAUGUCAUCCAGCAGUGGAGGAAAAACAUCGGCCCUGGCACUCAUGUAAUUCUGGUGACCACCAACAACUGUCUGAAGUGUUUUGGGAUCAUAGAUGCAACUUGUGUCGUCCACUACGGCUUCCCCACUUCUCCCAGACUGUUUGGCAGCCGACUCUUCUGCAUGUCUGAAAACUUCAGAAACCUCUCAGAACGAGAUCAAACGCAGAGCUGCCCUCGUGUCACCAGGUCGGUGCUGCUGAUCUCAGAGAGGAACGCCCGUCACGUCAUCGGGGUUCUGCGUUACCUGGGACGAACAAGCGCCCCACUGCCCCCUGAGCUGCUGUCCUUCGCCAAGGGUGUCCGUGUGGCCCGGGAGGACCAGAAGACAGACAGGCCUCUCUGCAGCUACCUGAAGAGCCUUGGAGUCUGCAGAGACAGCCGUUCAUGUCCCGACCGUCACAGAUUCAUUUCCCAGCUUGAUCAGAGUGACCUUCCUGCCUCUGGAGUCAUAGAAGUUGUACCUCUUUACAUCAAGACGGCAUCAGUCUUCUACGGUCGUAUUGUCAGGAAAGAGGACAGAGGUUUUGAUGACUUGGCAUCUGAGAUGGCUUCCUACUACGCUGAUAAGAAACCAGGAGCCAAAGGGGUGUUGGAGGGAGGCUUAUACGCCGUGCAGGAGGACAACGUCUUCCACAGGGUGAAGAUCCUCUCUGUCCCCGAAAGAGGUGACAGCCUGUUUUUCAGGGUCUUCGUUCGGUUCAUUGAUGUAGGAAAGGAGGAGGAGGUGAAAUCCUAUCAGAUCCUCCAGCUGCCGGAGCAGUUUCACUCUCUGCCCAGCCAGGCCUUGGAGAUCAUCGUCUGCCGAGUCAAACCGGCUGACGCCGAGAUGGACUGGCACCCAAAGGUCAACAGAGCCAUCAGCCAGAAGGUCCGAGGUCUGCAGCACCGGGCCAGAGCAGUCCUCAGUCUGGGAAACACCGUCUUUGUUGAUCCCAUGGUCCGGGUGACCCAGGUGCCAGGUAUGAAAACCGUCAUCAAUGAAUACAACGUCCAGUCUGAGAUCCUGAGUACUGGGAAGGGAGUCAGCAACCCAGAGCAUCUGGACCUCCUGAGGGCGCUGUGCCAGGAGAGCGAGGUCAGCAGCAGCAAGGAGGCGGGCCACAUUUCUGGGUUUGGGGGUGUGUCAGUGUCUCUGGAAGUCAGGAUCAAAGCUGAGGAAGAAGUUCUGGCUGAAGUCUUCAGAGCAGCCGAGGUCAGGAAGCUCGCUGACCGUCCGCAACUCGAGCCAUGUGAGCCAUUAAGUCCAGUAUCUUCAAUGAAACAGACCCCGGUCCCAGAACCACCGGCACCUGAACUCCACUUGGGCCCAGUGUUUGAUCAGAGAUCCCCGUCAGAUAUCAGGGCUGCAAAUGAACAGAGAAACAAUCACAUUUCUGAUCUGCAGUCAGUUGAACAGAAGACGAGGAGCAGAGGUGGAGGAAAACUUUGCCCCACAACCGGCCAGGCUGCUUGUCUCCACACCUGUGAUAAUGGUUUUCCUGCAGGUGACGAUCAAAGCAACAGCCAGCAGGUCAGCAUCAGCACUAAUGGAACAGACAAUGAUGACUCCACAAAAAGUUUUCAUCCCCAGGUCCGUUGGUACCAGACAUCCGACUCUGUGAUUGUAACGGUGAAACUGAUCAACCCAGAGAGUCAGCGCUGUGACUUCUACCAAGACAGAGUCAUCUACAGUGGCAGAGUGAACGGUCGGUCCUACAGAGCCGACCUCGAGCUUCAGGCCGACAUUGCUGCGGACCGCUGCUGCUGGGAAAUGAAGUCCAAUGAGCCAGUCCUCAAACUGGUCAAACAACAGCACGGAUACUGGGAAAAACUGCUCAGGAAUAAGAAUAUUUUUGUGAGUUAUGAUAUGGAGCACAUCGAAGAGGAAGAAGACAGAGCACCAAAUGGUCUUUGGUUUGUGGAGGACACAGGAGAGGAUAACCGGAUGACAGUGCCCCCAUCCACAGGGGGGGGGGGUCACCGAGUGGAUAGAUGAGUACGAUGUGAAUCAUGAGCUGUGGCCUUCAGUCGCCAGAUCUCAACCCAGCUGAACACCUAAGGGAGGUUUUGGACCCACGUGUUCGACAGCGCUCUGCACCGCCACCAUGAAAACACCACAUGGGGGAGUAUCUUUAGGAAGGAUGGGGUUCAAUCCCUCCAGCAGGAUCAGCGAUGAGGAGCACUGAAGCUGUUCUGGCAGCACCCGGAGGCCCAUCACCUUACUGGGACACUUUAUGUGGUCUUUUUCCCGUAAUAAGUGGUUGCUCAUGGGGGAAUGUUGGGUCUCCGUAAAUAGAGCUAUAAAGAGUCCGGUCUAAACUGCUCUACAUGAAA